CAUUACAGUGCCAACGCUCGUAGCGAAAGGAGCGAGUGAAAAGCUGCGAAAGAAAGUUUUCCAUCGGCUGUGCGUGGAAAAUUGGCCUGCGACAAAAUCCAUUAAUAUUAACAACUUGAUCUGCCGAUCUGUGAUCUGCUAUCUGCUAUCUGCGAUCCGCCAGCCAGCCAGAAAAGCGGGGAAGCUGCUGGAGAAGUGAAGGGACAUCGGCAUCCGUAUCCCCGAAGAGCAAAAGCGAGUGUCAACAAGCCCGGCGAAACGGCGAAUAAAUCGUGCAAACAGCAGACAGCAGACAACAGACGUCUGACUGGGACCCAGUCCGAACCUGAAUCGGGGCUUAUUUAAAGGCCCGCUGCCCGCUGUCUGUCAAUCAGAACAAAUCAAGCUGCCGGCGGCAGCAGAUCGCGAGUGAAGAAACCCGAAGAAAGCGGCCGUAGAUCCAGAAGAAUCUCCAGCUGAAGAUAAUUGUGCAAAUAUCGUAUCGGUGGGGCAAAUACCCCGACGUCUUCUUGCUUACAAAAGUUCGACUGCAAAUACUCCCGUGCAAUUACACCCCCGCAGAAAGUUUGCUUUCUGCAUUGUUGCAGUAUUGUGAUAUUUAAACGCGCCACCUGCAGCGUCGUAAUCAAUUUGUUUUAACACUCUGUGUUUAACCUGAACAAAGCCCUUAAAGCCAUAAAACCCGCACAACACAAUAAUCAAGAUGUCUGCGUCAAAGGAGGCCAUUUGUGCGAGCACCGAGAAGGAUCUGCAGAAGCCAGCUCUUGGAUUCUUUGCAACCCGGUACUUUGUGACGUUUAUGCUUUUCCUGGGCAUGGCCAAUGCCUAUGUGAUGCGCACCAACAUGUCGGUGGCCAUUGUGGCCAUGGUCAACCACACGGCCAUUAAGACCGGUGACGAGGAGUACGAUGACGAGUGCGGCGAUCGGGAUAUACCAAUUGACGAUUCCCAGGAUGGCGAGUUCCCCUGGAGCUCCGCUCUGCAGGGCUACAUUCUGUCCUCGUUCUUCUACGGCUAUGUGAUCACCCAGAUUCCCUUCGGCAUUCUGGCCAAGAAGUACGGCUCUAUGCGUUUCCUGGGCUAUGGAAUGCUGAUCAACUCGGUGUUCGCCUUUUUGGUUCCCGUGGCUGCCCGCGAAGGAGGAGUUUGGGGUCUGUGUGUGGUGCGUUUCAUCCAGGGCUUGGGUGAGGGUCCCAUUGUGCCCUGCACCCACGCCAUGUUGGCCAAGUGGAUUCCCCCCAACGAGAGAUCUCGAAUGGGUGCUGCCGUCUAUGCGGGUGCUCAGUUUGGAACCAUCAUCUCGAUGCCACUCUCCGGUUUGCUGGCUGAAUACGGUUUCGAUGGCGGCUGGCCAUCGAUCUUCUAUGUGUUCGGCAUCGUGGGAACCGUGUGGUCCGUCGCCUUCCUGAUCUUUGUCUACGAGGACCCCUCUUCGCAUCCCAAGAUCGAUGAGCGCGAGAAGAAAUACAUCAACGAUGCGCUCUGGGGCACUGAUGUGGUCAAGAGCCCUCCCAUUCCCUUCAAGGCCAUCAUCAAGUCGCUGCCCUUCUACGCCAUUCUGUUUGCCCACAUGGGUCACAACUACGGCUACGAGACUCUGAUGACCGAGUUGCCCACUUACAUGAAACAGGUGCUCCGCUUCUCCCUGAAGUCCAACGGUCUCCUCAGCUCCCUGCCCUACUUGGCCAUGUGGCUGUUCUCGAUGUUCAUCUCGGUGAUCGCCGAUUGGAUGAUCACUUCCAAGAGAUUCACGCACACGGCCACCAGGAAGCUGAUCAACAGCAUUGGCCAGUACGGUCCUGGAAUCGCCUUGAUUGCCGCUUCCUACACGGGCUGCGAUCGAGCUCUGACCUUGGCCAUCCUCACCAUCGGAGUGGGUCUGAAUGGAGGCAUUUACUCCGGUUUCAAGAUCAACCACUUGGACCUUACCCCGCGCUUCGCUGGCUUCCUGAUGUCGAUCACGAAUUGCUCGGCCAACUUGGCUGGUCUGCUGGCACCCAUUGUUGCAGGAAACCUCAUCUCGGAUCCAAGCAAGCCCUUGAUGGGUCAGUGGCAGAUCGUGUUCUUCAUCGCCGCCUUUGUGUACAUCAUCUGCGGUACCUUCUAUAACAUCUUUGGCUCUGGAGAGCGCCAGUACUGGGACAACCCAGAGGAUGAUGAGCAGAAGCCGGCGCUCCAAACCACCAGCACCACCACUCCGCAGAGGCUGAGCAACGGCAGCUCGGCGCCACCGGCAAUAUCCAGCUCCUAGAAACCCAGAAGACCGUAGUAUUAGCCGUAGUUGUCCGUAUACUAUAUACUAUUAAAAAACGUAGUUUAGUCCUUGUUUUAGUUACCUAAUUGCUAAGCCAAAACUUGUUAAUAUCGAUAGUUAGCCUUUGAUGUAUUCCUAUACCUCUGCAUUAACGCCGCUAAAAAAGACAGCAUUCUUCCAAUUGUAAAUAAAUUGGGAACUCAAAAGCGAACCCACACCAAAUCGAGCACAAAUCGUCAACUAUAGUUAGGGAAAUCGAGGUCUACCAUUGCAAAUGCGUAGCUUUCUUAUCUUAUUGUGAUAGCGACAGAGUUUAGUUCUCUCACUGAUUCGUUCUGAAAUUAAAUGAUCCGCUCAAGCGAACAUUGUUAAGCAAGCAACCAAAUGUAUGAAAACCAUUAAAAACUAUUAGUUUAAGGAACAACAAAAACAUGAAAAUUUAUUUGGGUUGGAUAGGGGGAAAUUUCUUAUGAAUCAGAAAUUGAAAAAUAAUAAUUAUAGAUUUUAUAAACAACAUAAUCUUAUAACCCUAUGUUUAUGUAAGAACUUAAAUCAUAUUAAACAUACUAAAUAUUUUAAACAAUACAACAUAAUACAAUGCACAUACAUACAAAUCUA